CUUUAUGCCGCUGGGUAGGUCGCCUAACUUCUCAGGACCUGAGUUUCCUCUUUUGUAAAAGAAGUUCUGGCUUCUCAAGACUCUUGUCUUCCCUGCCAAAGGAGAGUGAAGGAAGAGGAGGAAAUGACUUCGGGGUUUCUGACAGCUAGGUCCCAGGCAGCCAUCUUCAUAUAUCCCUCAUGCUCCAUUGGAGAAGAUCCCCCCAUGAGCAGGAAUGUCUUUUGGUAUUUCAGAAAGCACUGACCUUCCAAGAUGUGGCUGUGGAGUUUACCCUGGAGGAAUGGGGGCUGUUGGAACCUGCUCAGAGGGACAUGCACAGGGAUGUGAUGCUGGAAAACUAUGAGAACUUCGUCUCCCUUGGCCUUCCGGUUCCCAAACCAGCUCUAAUCUUCCAUUUGGAGAGAAGAGAAACAUCAUGGCUACCAGGAGGAGCAGUCCUAAAAAGUACCUACCCAGAUUUCCUUGUACGGAAGACAAAUUGGAAAACCACAGAGUCAGCUCCAAGGCAGCAUAUUUCUACAGGAGAAUUAUCCAAGAAAAGACUCAAAAAGGAAGGUCCUAGGGAUGAUAAGUUGGAAGAAGCAUGGGACUGUGAUGUCAGGUUAGGGAGGCAGAACAGCAACCCAGAGAGACCAUGCAGACCAUUAAGAGUCAUUCACAGCAGUACUUUUAAUGAGUUAAACACUAAUGAAUAUAAUACUUGUGAAAAAAAGGUCGAUCUAGGGUCAAACCUCAUUCCACAACAGAAAGUUACUGUAGGAAAAUGUCUACAUAAAUAUGAUACCCUUGGAAACAGUGUCAGACCAUGUUCAGACUUAAUUAAGCAUAAUAGAAUCUCCCUGGGGAAGAAACUUCCUAAGUAUAAUAAUUGCAGGAAACCUUUUAUUUACCAUUCAAACCUCAUUCAUUACCAUAGACUACAUACACGAGGAAAAGACCUUAGGUAUAAUCAAAGUAGCAAAGAUUUCAGCAUCAACUCCUCAUGCCCCAUUGUACAUCAAAAAAUAAAUACAGGAGAAACCCCUUACAAAUGUAAUGAAUGUGGGAAAGCCUUCAAGCAGAAGAAAUAUCUAAAAACACACAAGAUAAUUCAUAUUGGAGAGAAAUCCUUUGGAUGUAAAGAAUGUGGGAAAGCCUUUAGCAAUAAUCACAGCCUGUCUCAACAUCAAAUAAUUCAUACUGGAAAGAAACCAUUUGAAUGUAAUGAAUGUGGCAAAGCUUUCAGUAGCAAACGAUACCUAAUUGAACAUCAAACAGCUCAUACAGGAGAGAAACCUUAUAAAUGUAAUGAAUGUGAAAAAGCCUUCAGCUGGCAUGCAAGCCUCUAUGUACAUAAGAGGGUUCAUACUGGAGAGAAGCCCUUUGAAUGUAAGGAAUGUGGGAAAGCCUUCAGUAAGAAGGUAUAUCUUAUUAGGCAUAAGGUAAUUCAUACUGGAGAGAAGCCCUUUGAAUGUAAUGAAUGUGGGAAGGCUUUUAGGCACUACUCUUCCCUUAUGCAACAUCAGAAAAUUCAUACAGGUGAGAAGCCCCAUAAAUGUAACGAAUGUGAGAGAGCCUUCAGACAAAAGGCACAUCUUGAAAUUCAUAAGAGAAUUCAUAAUGGAGAGAAGCCCUUUAAAUGUAAUGAAUGUGGGAAAGCCUUCAGGAACAAGGUAUACCUUAAUACACAUCAAGUAAUUCAUACUGGAGAGAAACCCUACAAAUGUAAUGAGUGUGGGCGAGCCUUUAGGCGGAAGGCACACCUGGAAACACACAAGAUAAUUCAUACGGGAGAGAAGCCCUUUGGAUGUAAUGAAUGUGGGAAAGCUUUCAGCAGUAAUCACCAUCUAAAUCAACAUCAGACAAUUCAUACUGGAGAGAAACCUUACAAAUGUAAUGAAUGUGGGAAAGCCUUUAGCAGUAAUCACUACCUAACUCAACAUCAAACAAUUCAUACUGGAGAGAAACCUUACAAAUGUAAUGAAUGUGGAAAAGCCUUCAGCACCAUUGCCCGCCUUCAGACACAUAAGCUAGUUCACCCUGGAGAGAAACAUUUUGAAUGCAAUGAAUGUGGGAAAGGCUUCAGAUACAGAUCAGGCCUCAUACGCCAUCAAAGGACUCAUACUGAAGAGAAACCCUAUAAAUGUAAUGAAUGUGGGAAAGUCUUCAAGCGGAGCUCAUCUCUUAUGCAACAUGAGAUAAUUCACACUGGAGAGAAGCCCUAUAAAUGUGAUGGAUGUGGGAAAGCCUUUAGCCGGAAGGGAAACCUUGAAAUACAUAGGAGAAUCCAUACUGGGGAGAAACCUUACAUAUGUAGCGAAUGUGGGAAAGCCUUUAGGCAUAAAGGAAGCUUUAAUGCACAUAAGAAAAUGUAUACUGGAAAGAAACACUUUGAAUGUAAUGAAAGUGUAACAGCCUAGGCAAAGACCAAAUUGCUGUACAUAAUAGAAAUCAUAGGCUAUAGAUACCCAUUAAAUACAUGGAACUUGAGGAAAAUUUGCAUUGCAAAAAACAUCAUGGAAUUCAUAGUAAAGAGAAACCCAAUGAAUGGCUUGGUCUUUAGCUAGAAGGGAAACCUUAUUGAGAGAAAUAUUUUUAGCGUAAUUAAUGUGGGAAAGCUUCCAAAUGAUGUAGAAACCUUAAGGAAUAUUAGAAUUCGUGCUGGAAAGAAACUUUCUAAGUGUAAGAAAUUUGGAAUAGCCUUGAGCUAAAAAGCAAAGCUUCAUGUUGAAGAGAAAUACUCUCAAUGCAGGGAAUGCACAAGCUUUCAAAUAAAAUGGAAAGAUUACAUACCGUAAUAGAGUGCAUUCUAGAGAGAAGCUCUUCUUGAAUGUAAUGAAUGUGAGAAUACUUUCAGGCUUAGGCAAAUGUUUAUUACACGUAAGAAAAUUGUUACUGUAGAAAAUGUGUUUAUUUUAUUUGAUUGUUAAUAUUUAGUGUGUUUGGGAAAGCCUUCCAGAGGGAGCCUCUGGAUAAUACCCCCUUAAAUGUUAUUAAUGUACUUUGGAGCUCAUCAAAGACUACAUACUGCAGAUUUUUUGUGCAGUUGUAGUUUUUGGAUAAAAGCUUCAGAAAAUUUCACAAAAUUUUAGGAUUGUAAGGAAUCUUAGAAGCUCAUGUAAUCCAACCUAUACUUGUAAAAGAAUCCGUUCUACAAUAUUGCCAAAUGGUAACCUGGCCUUUGAAAGCCUCCAAUUAGGGCAUAUAUCCCUUAUCUUUGUCUGCCACAGGGACCUUAGAGUAUCUGUUGUACAUUUCCAGCACUGAGACACUAGUGGUCCAGUCCAGUAGUUAAGCACCAGUUGAGCUUGUGGCAAGGUCUGGAAGAAUUCUUAGUGGACAUCUGGUCCAACCUGAUUCAUCUUAGUUUUCCUUUAUCUGAUCAUUCACACAUAACUUUAAAUUUUUUAAAAACUUGGUGCAUUAUUUCAACCCAACAAACAUUUAGCACCUACAUACAUUUUGUUGUUUAUCACUUGAAAUAAAAAGAAAAAAAAAUAAAACAUUUAUCUCCACCCUCCUCCCCAAAUCCUCCUGUCUUCUGAACUUCCCUAUUACUGUCAAGGACACCACCAUCCUCCUAGUUACUCAGGCUCACAAACUUAUUAUCAUCCUUAAUCCUUCCCUCUUAUUCGCUCCAUAUAUCCAAUCUCUUGCUCAACCUCAUCAUUUCUACCUUCUCACCAUUUCUCAUAUAUGUCUUCUCUCCACUUCCAUAGUCACUACCAUAUUUGAGGCCCGUCCCACCUCUCAACUUAUUAUAGUAACCUAAUUGCACUCUCUGUCUCAAGACUCUUCUCCACUCCAGUUGAUUUACCAACCAAGUACCAAAGUGGUUUUCCUGAAGCACCUGCCUGUUAAAACAACUCCAGUGACUCCCUGUUACCUAUAGGAACAAAUAUAAAGUCUGUGUUUUGUGAAAGUCCCCUGGCAUAAGGGUAUUCUUCCUGAGAGGACAUGGGGUACCCACUGAUCCCUGCUUUCCAUGACUGGGCUCACAGUGCUUCCCCAGUUACUUCCCCAGAGUAAGUACACCUACCAACAGGUAAAGUCCUUUUCCCAGGGCCUGGUUUGUGCCUAAGGAAAGGCCAGUGGGUCAGCCUGAGAUGUCAGGAAAACAAACCCCUUAAUGAGUUCGAGUGCCACGAAUAACAUAUAAAACAAUGGGGUCCAUUCAAGGCAAAGCUUGCUUGGCAGGGAAUUGGCCAGGAAAUGGAAAGAGGGAAAAGGAGAAGAGGAUCCAAUAUGCAAUGCAGACACACACCCACUGUGUCAUAUAGAAUCCAUAUAAGGGCAGCACUGUACUGGGGAGCACAGAGAAAGGUCCAUUCACCUGGAAAGGAGUGCUCCAGCAGGUAGGCACACCCCCAUACUCCCUUCUAAGGGUGGAAUAUUUACACUCUGAUUCUGGGUGGUCAUUUGCAUGUCAGCAUUCAGGGCAGGGCACACAGAAUUGAGAAAUAGUCUGGCAGUCGAUAACAUAAUUUUUGGGUAUACAGUUGCACUAAUCUUGGGAAAUUUGCCUAUAUUUUUCCAAUACUGGCUUCACUGAUCUACAGCCUCCUCUAAGGAGAGACUUAUAGUGGUUUCAAGACCAGCAGGUCUGAUCAUAUAACAAUGGUAUAGAAAUCAGGGACUAACAGGGGAACCCCAUGACCUUCUGGGAAGAAUUCCCCUAUGCCAGAGCAUUGUCACAAAACAGUUGGGUGUUUAAAGUUCCUCACCUUCCUUUUUUUUUUUCUAGUUUUCUUAUACUUUACACCCCUCCAUGAACUGUACAAUCCAGCUAUACUGGACUACUUACCAUUUCUUGUGGGUGACAUCCACUUAAAACAUUGUGUCUUUGCAUUGAUGACCUAUGCCUGAAAUGCCCUUCUUCCUCAGCCCUAAUGUUCUCUGGCUUCCUUCAAGAUGCAGCUCAAAUGCUGCCUUCCACAGGAAAUUUUUUGUUGCUUUCCCAGCUUUGAAAGCCUUCUCCUCUUAACAUUGCCUUCCAUCAUAUCUGUAUCUCGAUGUACCUAUUUUUUUACAUUUUAGAAUGUAAGCUCCUUGAGGGUGUGUACUAUUUUUGUGAUGCCCUCUCUUGGCACCCUAACAGUGCCUUGCUCAUCUGUGUGCUUUCUGAGCAAGUGUCCUUCAAGGAGCCGUACAAGGAGAGGACACUAACAAAUGGGGGGCAAGAAGGGAGAGACGUUGGGGAAGAUUGUCCCAUAGGAAAUGGCAACUGAGCUAAGUCUUGAAGGAAACCAAGGAUUCUAGGAAGUGGAGGUAAGGAGAGCAUUCCAGCUAGGAGGGACAGUUUACCCAAAGGCACGAAGAGCAGAGACCUUGUUGGGUUUAGGAAACACCCUGUUUGGUGAGUUUGGUUGGAAUAAACUGAGUUAAAGAGGGUUAAUAUGAAAUGAAUUAUAGAAAGGAAGGUGGGAGCCAGAUUGUGAAGUGCCUUAAAAUACAGGUUAAGGAGUUUGCAUUUUGUUACAGAGGUAGGUAGUAGGUGCCACUGAAGAUUUUAUAUUGACAGCAAUUACCUCCAAAAAAAGAACUCCACCACCACCACCAAACUCCCAAUAGGCCCUUACCAAAACAAAUGAAAAAACCUGAUGGUUAAAUAAAAGCAUGAAAUACAAUGAUUACAAAUGAUUGUACAGGCAAAACCCACUUUAUGUACCUUAUUGCUAAAUGGGAAAAAAGGAUAUGUAUUUUAGUAUUAAUAAUUUAAGACCAACAUUGUAUCUGAUGACCU